AUGAACCUCUUAUAUUCAACUGUAAACAGCCUCCGCGACAGGUACACGCCUGUGAGCCAUACCUCCACAUUCCGCAGUACGGGUGAGAUUACACCGGAAGAGUUCCUUGCCGCGGGCGAUUACCUGGUCUUCAGGUUCCCCUCCUGGUCCUGGGCCGAUGCCGAGACACCGAGCAAGCGAAUCAGCCACCUUCCGCCGGGGAAGCAGUAUCUAGUGACGCGCCACGUCCCGUGCAAUCGCCGGCUAAAUGACGAUUUUGCUGGCGAUGCAGGCCAUGAGGAAGCCGUAGUGGAGGGGGGCAAGAACAGCGACGAUGAUGGCUGGUUGCGAACGGGCGGUCUGAGUAGCUCCCAACCGCUCAAGGUCAAAGAAGUGCGGACGAUGGAUGAUUCCGGGAACGUGGGUGACAGAGAGGUUAUUGAUGAUGAUGACAUUCCCGAUAUGGAAGACGAAGAAGACGACGAGGCCAUUAUCCGAGAUGCUGAGGGUGAUGGGAAGAACCACGGACGAAGGACAUAUUCGCUCUACAUUGUCUACUCGCCAUGGUACAAGACCCCCCGGAUGUACUUGUCUGGCUAUCAGCCCAACGGCCAGCCGCUGCCUCCCCACCUCAUGAUGGAAGAUAUUGUCGGCGAUUACAAGGACAAGACGGUAACGUUGGAAGACUUCCCCUUCUUCGCCAACAACGUCAAGAUGGCCAGCAUACACCCCUGCAAGCACGCCUCGGUCAUGAAGACACUACUCGACCGGGCUGAUGCAGCCCUGAAGUUGCGGAGAGAGAGACAGAAGGCUGGCCAAGCAGCAGGCAGCAGCCAAGGCCUAGAGGGACUGGAGAGUCAGAUUGGCAACCUCAGCGUUGGCGGUGCAGAUACAGGCAGCGACAACAACGACGAGUGGGAGGAGGUGCAGCACGAUGUCGCAGACCAAGAGGUGGCCAUUCGGGUGGAUCAGUAUUUGGUCGUGUUCUUAAAGUUCAUUGCCAGCGUCACACCCGGCAUCGAGCAUGAUUUCACAAUGGGUGUCUGA